AUGAAAAGAUAUAUCUACACGAAGAGAUUAAAGGAUUUUACUCAAUCAUCUACUAUUUCAAUCCCUCAAGAUCCAAGGAUUAUCACUGCAAAAGAACAAUCUCAUAUCAAUAAUUUACCAUUUUUUGAUCAUUCACUGACAGAUUCUAAAAUACCGAAAGAGAAACAGCAUUAUUUGUCUGAAAAAUUACCAGCAGUAAAGACAAUAUUUGGAAUUGACCCAAUAAAUCCUGCGUUCAUUAACCAUAAGAUACCGAAGAAUCAACCUAUACCAUUUCGCAAAUUAAGUGAGGUUCAAAAGAAAAAUAGAUUAUCAGUUACUGAUCUAGCAACGAAAUCUUGGUGUGAAUUAAGAUUAUCGUAUGAUCUAUACUCUGAUUUUGGCCAAUUCAAAUCUCGCCAUCUCGUCAGUGGUACAUCUUUUCAUCAAUCAUUAGAAGAUAACCUCUAUGGAAUAAAUAAGGAAUGGCUCAAAUUUAAUGACGAUUUUAAACUGGACAAAUGGAGCAAAAAAGGAUCCGUAGAAAAUCUCAUUUUAGAUUGGUCUGAUUGUGUCAUAAAAUUGAUAUCUCUUUUUAAAUUCGGUCAUGCAAGAGAAAUUAGCUGUCAUGGUUUCAUAGAAUAUGAGAAGAAUGAAAGUGUUCUUAUAAGUGGUAUUAUCGAUCAUUUGUCCUGGAAAUCUAAGAAAGAAUUGAUCACUCCUGAUUUCCAAAAUACAAUUUCCUACAAAAAAUUUGAUUUAUUCGAUGAUAUUUUCAAACUUAAUUCAGACAUUGGUCAAAUUAUUGAACAAUUGGAAAUCACAGUUCCUCAGAGAUUAAAUGGUAGAUAUGAUUUGUUGGUUGCUGAUGUCAAGACUAGAUCAACUUUUAAUAUACCUCAACAGACAAGCGUCCUAAAAGCUACAAAGUUACAAUUAAUGUAUUACAAGAAAUUUUUGACCCAAUUAGGAAAAUCACCUUCAAAGACCUAUGAGAGUCUUUUAACUAAUGCAAAAAGGAAAAAUAUUGAUAUUGAUGAACCUUUGGAUCCCUUAUAUUUAGCUAGCCUAUUGAUCAAAUCACCUCUUUUUAUGUCAGACAUGAGAAGACUAAGGGAUGGGAAAAAACUUGCAUUCGAACAGUUCGAUUUACAAACUUCUAAUUCCCAAUACAACCUUUCAGAACUAGGUGAUGUAGUUCCAAAUGAUAAUUCUUACAAUGAAAUGUUUAGAGAGUUCUUUACCUUAUGGGAAAGGCCUUUCACGUUAAGGUACCUUGCAUUGAGAUUAUCCCAGCUUUAUCAUAUAAUUGGAUCGUUGGUGUCUGAGAAACUGUUAGUUGAGUAUUAUUGUAAAGGUUUAAACUUUAGUAAUGUUCUUUUUGAUUUCGACACUGAUGAAUUACAAAAAAAUAAUAUUGAUACUAUGAUGUUUUGGUUUGGUAAAAGAGAUAUUGAACCAAUCUAUCCAAAUAUGAAAAAUAUAUUAACCUACUGUAAAUAUUGUGAUUAUCGUUCGUUGUGUUCAUGGAAAGAUAAGAGUGAAAAGCUAUGCGGCGAAUUAGGUAACGAACUAAGUAAGAUUAUGGAAUAA